UUCAAGUGAGACAACCUCGCAUCCACACCCCUUGCCUUUGAUCCUCGCUUUGGAGGGCUAUUUCUUCAGCGUUGGAAGCUUAUCGUUCUUUAAACCAGUUUGUUUUAACAGACCGGAUGGGGGGUCAAAUGUGCUUACAGUUAUAGUGGUCAAAGGCUUCCGUUAGUUGCUUCCUAAAAAUACAGAGGCAAGAGAGGCUGUUGUUCAUUCGGCUCAGCUCAGAGCAGCAAGAAAGAGACAUCGUUCACUCUCGUCAUGAGGUCACCAAUCACUUUGGUUAUCAGUGAGCCCAAACUGUUAGCUGUCUUCAAUGUAACUGCAUCCAUCUACAUCGCCACGUCUUCUCUGCACCAAAUACCACUGUGGCUGACAGCUGUCACCAAAAUUCUGCCCAUCCUCUGCUUGGGUUUCUUUGUUCUGGCCCAAGGGAAAAAGUUCCUCCUCAGUCACCACAGCCUCCUCAAGUUACUGGCCGGCCUCGUCUUUUCUGGCCUGGGUGAUGUGCUUCUGGUGCCAUCUAAUUAUUUCAUUGCUGGUGGAGUCAUGUUUGCAAUCGCCCACUGUUUCUACAUCUGGAUGUUUGGUUUCAAGUCUGUGAACCUGCGAGGUGGGAGUGUGGUGGCCAGUGCAACACUAAUAGGCGCGACCUUGCUCGGUACGUGUAUGUGGAGGAAGGACAUGGCGACAUGGCAAAUACUAGCGCUCUUCUGUUACUGUGCCGUCAUCGGGAGUAUGGUAUGGCGGGCCAACGCAGAGGUCCUGUUCCACACCCCAAAGCCACCCGCAAAGGUGAUCGGUGGACUCGGAGCUGUGUGUUUCGCCAUCUCCGACUUAACCUUGGCUCUGAAUUUGUUGUGCUUUCCUAAUAUCCCGUACAGGACACUGAUUGUCAUGAGCACGUACUACACAGCGCAGUUAUUUAUCACUCUAAGUGUUGUGAACGAUAAGAAGCGCCAUGAUUAG